AAAAAAGAGGUUUUGAUUUUUCAAAAACCCAGAAAUAAUAUACUCCAAAAACAAAAUGCAUAAAAAACUACACAAAAAAUGGCAAAGCACCACUAAAUAUACACAUCCGUUAUAAAUUUUGAGAAUGCAUUAUAUAUAUUUGAGAUUAUUGAUUAUUGAAAUAUUGAUACUGUGUUUUAUAUCAAAGAAGCAUAUGAAGUAUAAGUGGGUUCCUAAUAAAACACUUAUGAAAAAUAGUUUUCUGAAGAGAAAUAGGACAAGUACUUGACCAAAAUACAUCCCAAUAUGAAAUAUACAGAUAAAUUAAGUCAUAAAGCAUAAGAAUAUUGCAUCUCACGUAGUUUCUUCCAACUCAGUGUCUCAAAACUCAAUAACGUUUACUAAAACAGUUUGAUAGUUGAAACUUGACGCACCUCAAUAGACAUUUUUUAUAAUUAUAUUUUUUAGCACUAAAGUUUUUAUAUAUAUAUUUAAAGAUGUUUUGUUUAAAUUAAACCUAAACUCACUUGCAUUAUUAAUGAGUGACCUGAAAUAUGAGUGAGGGAGAACUAAGGUUGUGUCAUCAGCAAACUGGAGUAAGAAUAUUUGAAGUCAUUUAUAUAGAUAAGAAACAGAAAUGAUCCAGUUAUAGACCCCUGAGGAACCCCACAGAGUAGACUUGCUUUGCUAGCAUAGCAACCCUUAAAACAAACUUUCCUCUAUUGCAAAUGUUUCAACCUUUAAGUGUAAAAUAAUGAAAAUCAUGUUUGUAGUUAAAAAUUCCAACCAGUAUUUCAUAUAAUGUUUGUACAGUCAUUACACUAGGAAGAGCAUUUUAUCAUUCACUUCACACAUGCCUCUGUUCUCUGAAGUGAUGAUAAAAGGUAUCAGAGCAGCAUAUUUUGUAUCAACCAGAGUUAACGUGUCAGAUCGAAACAAGAAUUACUGGCUUUGGUGAGGUAUAUAGUUUCAUUUAACUCACCCAGGUGCGCUAAGAGAAACAGGCAAAUUAAAAUGCGUCUAAAUCUGUUAACGGGUAUAGUAAUUUUGCACUCUUACAUUAGGUAACAGUUUAUCUCAAUUUAAAUAACAAUAAUUAACAAGUAAUUUGUGUAAAGUUCCUCAUAAUUGUAUUGAAUAAUGUUUAAGCCCCUCCCACAAUUCAUGAGACGAAACAACUCAACAAACAGCUUCAGCAAAACAAUAACAUGCGUCUUUCAGCGAUUCCUUUAGAAAAGCAUUCAUGGCGAUCAGAAGCAUAAGAAAGAGGUGCUGUUUGGCUCAGGAUAGAGAUUUAAUAUGUCACGUUAAAACAGGAUUAGUUCUGCUAGUCACAUUGAGUUUAUUGUUUCUCGUCUCUUGUAUCUACGUUCUCUCAUUUAACCCAGUCAGACAUCCUCGCACCUGGUUUAAACCUGUAAAUCAAACUCACUCCUAUAAUAUGGUGACUGAGGGCUUGUCUGCCAAGAAAUAUGUCUGGAAUUUUUUUAUUGCUCCUCCAAUCAUUCAAACAACAACAACUGCACUAAAGAAUCACAUUUCAGUGAAUCAUCAUGUGGCUCAUCCAAGCAACUAUCACUUCCUCAUAGAUGAACCUAAUAAAUGUAGUCAGUUGGAUCCGUUCCUGGUCUUUAUGGUCCCCGUGGCCCCCCAUCAGCUGGAGGCUCGUGACGCCAUCCGGAGCACAUGGGGGAACGAGAGCUCAGUGCAGGGAAAAGCAGUGCUGACUCUGUUCUUGGUGGGUUUGUCUGGAGGAGCUGAAGCUCAACAGCAGCUGGAGGAAGAGAGUCGACAACACAGAGAUCUACUGCAGAGCGACUUUGUGGACUCCUACUUCAACCUGACCAUAAAGACCAUGGUGAUCAUGGACUGGUUGGCCACUCGCUGCCCUCAAGCAACUUACGCUAUGAAGGUUGAUUCUGACACGUUCAUAAACCUGGAGAACCUGAUGAGCCUUUUAUUGUCACCCAACACCCCCAGAGAGAACUACAUCACAGGGUAUUUGAUGUGGGACCAAAAUGUCAUUAGAAACAACAAAUCAAAGUAUUACGUCUCAGUGGAGCUGUAUCCCGAACCGAAAUACCCCACUUAUGUUUUGGGAGCAGGAUAUGUGUUUUCCAACGAUCUUCCUCAAAAAAUAGUUGAGGCUUCCAAAGACAUGAAGCCCUUUAACAUAGAGGAUGCGUAUGUGGGCACUUGUCUGAAACGGUUGGGCAUUAAACCCUCACGUUCUCCAGAUCCUUCUAAGUUUCGAAUGUAUAUGAAGGAUUCUAAAACUCACGACCUUUCCAAGGUCAUUACGACAAUCGCAAGGUCACCGAAGCAGAUAAUAGAGUUUUGGCAAAGUGUAAAGAGUCUCAAAUGAACUGGUAAAACGGGAAUGAGCAAAAUGAAACACAAAUGUCCGUAUGCUUUCCAUAUUCAAAUUCACAAAGCAUUCUCUCUCAUUUUUGCCUCUUGUUUCAGGAUCACCAAGCCGAUGCUUUAGAGGAAUUAACCGUCUAUAUCAACAGCUAUCAAUAGUAUAUUCAUCAUUCAAAAAUAUGAACCGUAUAUAGGAGAUAAAAGCAGAUGUAGGAAACGUUAAUAAAACAGUGCUUGUUUACCAUUUUGAAUAUCAUUUUAAGCGGAUCAAACUGUUAUGUUUGCCUAUUGCAGUGUUUGGAUAAGAUCAGGUCUGUGCUGCCUUCAUGUACUUUCUCGUUUUAAUAACUCUUAAUUCUCAGGCACUGACUCGGUCGCAGAAUGAACAUCCAAUCAGUUCUCACCAGCGAACGGGGCAAACUGAUGGCCCUAAAAGUAGUCAGUCUGACAGUAUUUACAUUGUGCGCCAGAGAAACAACAUUUUUAAUGUCUGUUUUUGGCACUAACUGUGUAUAACUGUGUUGUUAAUGAAUAAAAAUCUGGAUCAUGG